AUGGAGUCAUCAGCAGAUUCAAGCACAAAAGAGUCGACCAAUAAGCACCAAGGUAUUGAGGAGCUACAAAAAAGCCUUGAAGAUAAAGAAGAGCUUCUUCUUGACGUAAAGGCACUGAUAUAUUACUACCAAGAGGAAAUCAAGAAGAGUGUGAAGAAUGACGAUGAGAUGCAGUUGCUCAUCGAAAGGAUCCAGGAAAAACAAGACAUUGAGAAAGAGAAAAAGAAAUUAAGAGAGGAGAUAGAAGAAUAUAGAACUGACAGAAAGAAGAUGCAAUCCGAGAAUGCUGAUCUCCAGAAACAAUUAAAAAAUGUUAAAGAUAGGCUAGAACAAGCACAGGAGUCUUAUGAAGAGCUAAGAAGAAAGGAUGAGGACUUUACAGAUAUGGAAGAGUCUACAGCUCAUUCCAAAGAUAAUGAGUAAAGGACUGAGCUUUGAAGGUUACAGAUGCAUGUUACUUUGUCCAGAAUUGCUAAAAUCUUACAUUUUAUUCAACAUAUCAU